GCAAGAAGACCACCGCUCAAUAUCUCAAACAAAUUAUGACAACUGACAAGAAGGAACCACUCUUGUCCAAUUUGAAGCAAAAAAGAUGCAUCAUUUCACUUGAUGAUACGAUUGAAGUAUGCAUAGGAGAUUUUGGAUGGACUCAAUUUGUUCAAGCUAUUCUGGUCUCUCUCGCUUGGGUUUUCGAUGCUCAACAAUCAUUCAUCAGUGUCUUCACUGAUUCUCACCCCACUUGGCAUUGCAUUUCUUCAUCUUCUUCCUGUCAAAUAAACAAAAAUAUCUGUGACCUUCCAAAUGACACGUGGCAUUGGGAUAUGCCUACACGUGCAUCGAUCGUGUCUGAUUGGUCACUGGAAUGUAGUAGCUCAGUCAUCACUGGCCUCCCGGCUUCGUCUUUCUUCGUAGGUUGCCUUGUUGGUGGAUUUCUUCUAUGCACUUUAGCCGAUUCCUCUUUUGGCAGAAAAAACAUGCUAGUUUUGUCAUGCCUUAUAAUGUCCAUUACGGGCUGCAUUACUGCGUUUUCUACUAAUAUAUGGAUGUAUUCUGCCUUGAGGUUCCUCUCUGGAUUCGGCAGGGCAACUAUAGGUACUUGCUCUCUUGUUUUGUCCACGGAGCUAGUGGGAAGAAAGUGGCGAGGACAAGUUGGGAUUAUUAGCUUCCUUUGUUUCACUUUUGGAUUUAUAUCUUUACCGGGGAUAGCGUUUUUAAAUAAAGGAAAUUCUUGGAGAGCUGUGUAUCUCUGGACUUGUAUCCCCGCUGUCGUGUAUACGAUUCUUGUACAUUUCUUUGUUCACGAAUCACCUAGGUGGCUUUAUUUGCGAGGAAAAAAGGGAGAAUUUGUUAAGACGCUGAAAACCAUCGCCAACCCAGCCACACGUAGCAAGUUAACUUCAAGCUUCUUUGAAACGUUAUUUACGGAUUUGGAAAGUAACAUGUCCGUGUUGGCGUCACAAGACUUGGAUCUCUACUCGGCUAUAAAAUUGUUGAUUGAAAAAGGAUGGGCUUUGCGUCGACUGCUGACGGUAGUGUUGAUUGGUUUUGGGGUUGGCAUGGUGUAUUAUGGCAUACCGUUAGGGGUUGGAGACUUAGGAUUUGAUAUCUACUUAAGCAUUACACUGAAUGCAUUAUCGGAGCUGCCAUCGUCUUUGAUCGCGUUCUUCCUAAUAGGGAAAAUGAAUCGGAAAGGGUCGCUCUUAGGAUUUUCCCUACUAAGUGGCAUAUGUAGCGUGGGUUGCGCAUUGGUGGAGGGGAGUGAGAGGUUGAAGUGGUUUCAAAUGGGGCUAGAAAUGCUGUCUUUUUUCAGUGCUUGUACGGCUUUUAAUUUUCUAUUGAUUUACACGUUGGAACUAUUUCCGACGUCUGUGAGGAACUGCGCAGUAUCAAUGGUGAGACAGUCACUAGUAGUUGGUGGUGCAUUGAGUCCGCUGCUUGUAGAACUUGGAAGGAACAACAGCUUAUUUUCUUAUGGGAUAUUUGGAGUGUGUAGCGCCACAUUUGGUUUGUUAACCGUGUGGUUGCCAGAGACUAAGGGCAGGCUACUUUGUGACACUAUGGACGAAGAGGAGCGCCUGCUGGACCGUAACAUUGACAUCCCUACCUCAAAUAGCAGUUAACGCUCAUGUUGUCAAUUUGUUGUGAUUCGACUAUUCGAGCCUUACUAAAGGCCAAGACAAAAUGGAAUAAGAUUACUUCAUCAA